AUGGGAAUGUGUAGUGACACGGUAUUAUUGGUGUUACUGGUGGUGAAAAUGGCUUAAACACAUAGCUAAUAAUACUUUCUCUGUUUCCCAGAAUGGAAAACCAACCGGGCAGAUCACAGGCCCAGUAUGACCAGUCUUCAGCAACUGAAGCUGCUCAGCAUUUCAUGUCCUUGCUCACCAGAGCAAUUCCUGAAGAUCAAAGACAGGGUCCGAGUACGAGUAUGGAGAGACCUACUGUUGCGUCUGAGAUGGCCAGACCCUUCCCUGGAUAUUUCAAACGCAAUGGAAAAAACCGAAGUCACCCCUUCAGAAGACCAGCAAAAGUUGUGACGACGUGGAAGCCACUUGAUGUAUCAUUUUUCUUACUUGAUUCAAAAACUGACACAUCCCCAUCCAUAUCUGCCGAGCUGGAGCUCAUGCAAGCAGGGCUGGGAAAGAGGGCGUUGUCUAUCACAUCUGACUUAACGCAUUCAGAGUUAUCCAGUUCACUAAGGACAACAUAUCCGAAGAUGAAUGAUCUUCAAGACAGAUGGCUUCUUUUCAAAGCAGCAGGCGGAAAUGGAAGGAGAAAACUGUCUGCAAUCGCAUUAGAGGCAGAGGGAUACACUGGUUCUGUCAUCAAAAGAGCCUCAGGUGGAGGAAAACAGAUGUUAUAUAUAGUGCCCCUCCAAGAUGAGCUAGAUUUAACACCACUACCAGCAGAUGCACCGGAAUUUGCUCGUAUGCCAACAGCAACAUGCAAACAAUGCAAGACAGUGAUGCCAUUGCAGGUGUUGGCUCUGCACAUUGACCACUGCAACAAGACAUCAAGCUCGGAAACUGAGGAGGCAGAUGUGGUGUUCCUGGAAGAAGCAACUCCUAACCCAGUCCUAGGACCUUGUACAGACGCACCAUGGUCCAAUGAGCAACAUUGCUUUCAGCAGUAUGGGAAAGGAUCUUUGCCAGCUUGA